AUGAGGGCGUCUCUCAGUGGUGAAGCGGCUGGUCAGGACAGCAAAGAAGCACCGAAAGGAGAGUUAUUCGACCAUCUCGAGACGACCAAGCAAGCACCAAAGUCUGGGAAGCUGGGGAAUUUAUACCAUCGACUCGUGAAUUCUCAAAGGAACAGGCCAAGUGCUUCCUCUGAAUGCGGAGUCUCCGAACUAUCCGGUGAAUCGUCAGCAACCAAAGACAAACAGAAACGCUCUCGCAUUAGAAGAAUCAUGGAUAAGAUGCAGAAACUCAGCGGUACUGGAAAUCAGCCAGAAAUUGAACCGGAACAAAGCUCCGUCGGUGAGCAACGCGGGAAUGAGGAGCUGCCCCUGUUGUCAGUUUGCAGUGACUUGUUCACACAAGAAGAAUGGGACGACCUUCGUGAAUUCCGCAGAGACUAUGCCCGAGUUCAGCAGGAAAAGCGUGACAAGGCUAGCGACCCCUACCCUGAUGCCAAUGCCAGUGCUCCCGUGGAUCCGCCAACCAAAGAGCAACUUGCUUCUUUGGCACGUCGAGAAAGGGAAAAGCCAAACCCCUUUAUCAAUAGUCCAGUCCCCCUUCCCGCGAUCCAGGAGCCCGAUAAUCAUCCCUGGACCAAAGGCCUAUACAAAACCGCGUACAAGCCAACAAAUCCUACGAUGCUCAGCCCGGCAUGGCUGACGAAAAAAAAGCGUGGGGCCGCGAAAGGCGCUAGGUUGCACAAAAACAGCAAGAAUUGGGGACCGGAAGACUUUGAAUUCAGAGACUUGCUGCGUGGCAUGCUUGACGACGAGACUCUGGAGAAAAUCAUGGCGGAAGAUGAUCGCAAACAAGGAAAAGAGCCGAGUGCAAGCUCCAAGUUCGGCGAAGAUGGGAUGAGGAAUGUGCUCCAUGUUAUGCUUGACCGGCUGAUAGACAAGACGGUCGAGGAGCUGAUUUAA